AUGAAUCAUUUUAGUAUCAUCCUUUCAAGACAGGAACCAACUUUAUACUAUUCAGAUGAACCUUAUACUGCUUCAUUCCCUUCGCUUGAUUACAACAUUUCCACUUAUACAUUUGAUAUGUCUGUUGAAUAUCACUGUCCAUUUCACUACUGGAAAUGUUAUAUUCAUAUCCUUGGUGUUUUUAAUGGAGUGUUUUGCCUCGAGUCUGAUCCUGAACUGUUAUGCAUUUGGAACCCAAUUACUAACGAGUAUAAGAAAAUACCAGAAUUACCACAUUUACCUCCACAAAUUCAAUCUCUACUGAGACCAGUCUUUUCUGUUCCAACACAUGGGUUUGGUUACGAUUGCAAGACUGGGGAUUACAAAGUUGUAAAGAUUAUUACUGCUGGGAGUGAUAGGUUUUAUCAAGUCAGAGUUUAUACUCUAGGAACAUAUUCAUUGAGAGUACUCGAGGAUAUUCUUUAUGUGUUUUUUUUACCUGGAAGAGCAAAUGGAGUGUUUUUAAAUGGAGUUCUUCAUUGGCUGGUACAUCCCUAUAACAGAGGUGAUAAGUAUUAUAAGACAUCUAUUGGCUUGUUGUAUGGUAAAAUUUUCUUAUCUUGGUACGUUGGUGAUGGGAACGUAGAUGUAUGGGUUAUGAAUAAUUAUGGUGUAAUAGAAUCUUGGACUAAAAUUUUCAGCGUUGGCAGGCUAAAAGAAGAUAUCGAGCUUCUGAGGCUUGUACAAUAUUUCAAGAAUGGUGAUAUCUUAUUAUUUGGUCAGCCUUUAAACCGCUUUAACCCGCAUAAUGGGGAUUUAAUCUUGUAUAACCCAAUGAAUGGAAAUGCUAGGUUUUUGGAUACAAGCAGUUAUCAGACACUGGAGAACGCGCACACUUAUGUUGGUAGUCUGGUUUCGGUUAAAUCUAUUUGUGAUGCAAGCCAUGAAGUUGUAGAGCAGGCAGUAUUACAAUAA